AUUUGGGACAGUUUGCAGAAUUCUUCAUUGUCUCAUGAAUUUUCAGGACUGUGCGGGAGGAGCUGAAGGAUCACACGGAAUGAACACUCAGUUCAGACAAAAUACACACUGCACACAGCCAGAACACACUCAGCUCUCUUCAGCCACACAGCACUCACACUCAGGACACACUCAUCUGUCAACAAGUACAGGUAUACACUACUCCCAGGCACUUGGUUCACAUACACAACUGUCAGUCGAUAUCCUACAACCAGGGGAGGAAGAUGGUUUAUUCCGGCUUAUGGUUUUUGAGUGGCUCCUUCAUCCUGCUGUUCCUGAUACAAGCCUUUUACGCCCUUUCAGCCAAUAGACAACGACGAGAAGCCACCACAUAUGGACCUGGACCAACCAAGCAGAGUUUUACACAGAGCUCGCCAACUGAUCCCCCAAACACAGAGCCCGUGACGUCUCGAUCUGAGUGCGUGCGCUGCUGUGACCCACCAGCCGCAUCUCCUGCGUAUGUCAUGUACCAUCCUGUCCCCCAGGUCAAUAUCACCAUCCUAAAAGGUGAAAAGGGUGACAUGGGACAGAGGGGAAUUCCAGGAAAAUCUGGCAAAGCAGGAAACACAGGACCAAGGGGGCCAUCAGGUCCAAGAGGCCCAAAAGGAAACAUCGGGGCCCCCGGAGACGCUUGUAAAAAUUACUAUUCGGCCUUUUCUGUUGGUCGCAAGAAGUCUCUUCACAGCAAUGACUAUUACCAGCCCCUUAUCUUCGAUACGGAGCUAGUGAACCUGUACGGACACUUCAACAUGUUCAGCGGCAAGUUUUUCUGCUAUAUCCCCGGGGUUUACUUUUUUAACCUAAACGUGCACACUUGGAAUCAGAAGGAGACGUACUUGCACGUGAUGAAGAACGACAAGGAAGCGGUGAUCUUGUACGCCCAGCCCAGUGACCGUAGCAUCAUGCAGAGCCAGAGUCUGAUGCUGGAGCUUCAGGAGCAGGAUGAAGUCUGGGUCAGGCUCUUUAAAGGCGAACGGGAGAACGCAGUCUUCAGUGAUGACUUUGACACCUACGUGACCUUCAACGGUUAUCUUAUCAAACCUGCAGCAGAGACUUAAAUCCGGGCAGGCGCUUGACGUCAUAAUAACUACUUUGCCGGUUCCACACCACUAGAUGAACCCUACGUUGUAAAAACGUACCAGAUUGCUUAAAUUAAGGUUAUUAUACAACACUUAUUACUCAAGGUGCUUCUGAACAAUGCGAAAUGCAAAGUUCAACAGUAUGCGCCUCUUAUAUCUUCUGCUGCAGUCUAAAAGGUUAUUCCAAGUUCUAAGUUAUGUCAGACUUUCACGUUCCUGUUCCGUAAACGUCAUCACUCUCGUCAUUUUUUGCUUAGUUAGAACGUUCCAAAGAACCACGUGCUGUGUUUGUUAGACAUCAAAAUUAAUUGGUACUUCGAUAAGCACAUAAACCCCCUGAACUAUGAAAGGUCUAAGAAAUGUCCUAUGGACUCCAUGCUGGGUGAUGGAGGCUUAGAAGUUCAUAUGACUUGGUUUUUCAAGGAGAGACAGGGCUAUCCUUCAGCAGCAACCCAUCCCAGGUUGUCAAGACAAUAACUGAGUUGUCCGCGCUGAAGAAACAGGGUUCUUGGUACUUGGAGCUCAAUUUUAUGUCCCCCAUGUGAGACCUCUAGAGUUACCUGGCAACCUAGAUGACCAAACCCUGUGGAUAUAUUUUUGUUUUUUUUCCCGGCAGAACAAACAAUGCCGUUACUCACAACUGGUCUUGAGCCAGAAGCUACUUAGAUUCUAUGUAAUAUACCUCAGUCGGUACGUAAACCUCUUUUUUUGGGUUUGAAAGGGUUACUUUUGAGAACAGUUGUGGUCUCAUUACUCAACUGCAAUUUCCUUGUCUCACAAAAGCCCCACAAUGCACCGAGGCACAUCUGUAUUGCAUUUGGCUGCAAAAUGAUUCUUUAUUCUGGCCGCUUUUAGGGGUCAGCUGACUUCUGCUUUUUAUUUUCCAGGCUUUAACGAAAAAACACAGGUCGAUGGCUUUACUUGUAUUUUUUUCUUGUGUGGGUUAUUGUGCACACUUUAAGAAUAUGUUAUAAAAAUAUAUAUUUCUAAUAAACUAUAAUCCUUAAAUAUG